CGCAUGCGCGAGGUACCUCGGAUCACGCGGUCAACUGUACCGGAACUUCCGGUUUCCUCUUGGUAGGCGUUGCGGCUUCGUUGAGGCACGGAGUGGCGGCCCUGUUUCUCUGUUUGUUGUGAGGCUGCAAAUUAACGACGGAAAGCACUCACUUUUGAGUUGCUUAUCACAGGCAAAAUGUGGGGAAACCCUCGGCCAGCCAACAGAAUGGGUCCUUUCCGUGGGAGCCAAGAAGAAAGGUUUGCUCCCGGGUGGAACAGGGAUUACUCUCCUCCCCUUGAUAGUCUUGCUCAAGAAAGACACUCUGGCAACUUCUCUGGCAGAGAAUCACUUCCUUUUGAUAUCCAGGGACUCCCAGGCAUCCUCAAUCCUCAGUUUGCCAACAGAGAGGAACCUGCUUUCACCUUUGGAGGUAGAGAUGGACCGCAUAGUGACUUUAGAGGUGGGGAGGGCCAUUUACAUGAUUUUGGAGGUAGAGAUUUUCCACCUGACUUUCAGAAUAGAGAGGAUACACAUUUGGAUUUCAGGAGCAGGGUGCCACUCCUUCCAGACUUUAGAGGCAGGGAGAUGUAUCCAGGAGAUUUCCAAGAUAGGGAAGGGCAAUCUAUGGAUUAUAGUGGAGGAGACAUUCCUCCUAUGGAUUACAGGAACAGGGAUACAUUCCGUAUGAAUUACAGGGAUAGGGAAGCUCAUAAUAUGAACUACAGAGACAGAGAUGAUGCCCCAUCAGAUUUUCGUGGUAGGGGAACAUUUGAUUUAGACUUCAGAAAUAGAGAUGGUUCUCAUACACACUUUAGAGCAAGAGACAUGUCUGAACAGGAUUAUAGGGGCAGCAGAGAGCAGCCUUAUUCCGAUUUUAGGAAAAGAGAAAUGCCUGAUAUGGAUCUGAGGGGUAUGGGUGCAGCUGACCUUGACUUUAGGGACAGGGAAGUACCACAUCCAAAUUUUAGAAAUAGGUCAAAAUCCCAGGCCGAUCAGGAUUUUAGGGGGAGAGAGGUGCCGCCACCUCUGGAUUUCACAGACAGGGAAAUGCCUGCUCUGGACCCAAAUGUUGUAGACUUCCAACACAGUCAGCCUGCAGAUAGAAAAUGCGAGCUUGAAGAGGUUGUCCCGGUUGGUAGAGAGAGGUCUUCCAUUACUCAAAAAGAAGAAUUUCUACAUCCAGAGCCAAGAGCCAGAGACGAAGAACCCAAAGGACCAAAUAUUGAAACAGAGUCUUCAGUAGAGUUCCAAAAUAGCCGUGGUCCUCUUCCUACUCUUCAGGAGCAAGAUAAGCCAUCUCAAGCCUUUGUUAGCAGUCAGGAGUUUCCUGGGGAUGAGCAGCAAGUAUCUGAAUCUUCUGGUCUUGGAGUGAAUGAAGAAGAUCUGGAUUUCCUUGGAAGGCAGGAUACAGACUACAGAGGCAUUGAAUAUCGAGAUGUAGAUCAUCGCCUGCCAGGAAAUCAAAUCUUUGAUUAUGAGCAUGGCAAAUCAUUUGCAGAAGGAAAAUCAUACAAGGAUUCUCCACCAGAACUUCAGGACCAGGAUUACAGGACUUGCGCCAAAGAUAAAAAACCAAGCAAGCUGAUUCGACUAGGAAGAGUGCCUGAAACUGCCACAAAAGAUGAUAUUCUCAAUGCCUUUCAAGCAUGUGGUGGUACAUCAGUGAAGAACCUGCGCCUAAAAGAUUACACUUCAGGUUACGACUAUGGCUAUAUCUGCGUGGAGUUUUCCCUCUUGGAAGAGGCCAUCGCCUGCAUGGAAGCCAACCAGGGAAAACUUGUGAUUGGUGGGAAACAAGUGACUCUGGAGUACAGCCAAUCCCCUGAAUUUUGGCACUGCAGACGUUGCAAAGUAGCCACAGUAGGGUAUCGUUCAUCCUGUUACUUCUGCAGGCUUCCAAGAGAUGUAACAGAUGAAAAACUUGAAAAAGGUGAUCAAGAGUUAUCUGAGGAACCAACACCAGAAGAACCAUCUCCUGAGGAGCCUGCUCCUCCACAGGAACCUUCUCAGAAGCCUGCUUCUGAACAGCAAUGCCAGCCUCAGGAACCUGAACCCAGGAAGAAGGAUGAAAGCAGGGAGCAGUGGCCUUCACAAGAAAGGAAAAGGGAUUCUGAAAUGUACUUGCCGCAUAAGGAAAACCAAGAACAUGUUUCAAGAAGAGAAGCCAUAGAGACCAAACAUCAGGAAAGUGAGAGUAAAACAAUUAUGUUGAAACACAUCCCCCGCUUCACUCCACCAGAAGUGAUUGUGGGACUUUUGGCCCCAUAUGUCCGCCUCUCCACUUCAAGUGUGCGUGUCAUGAAGAACAAAGCGGGUCGGAUGGGCUACACCUAUGGCUUCAUUGAAUUGGACUCCCAUGCUGAGGCACUCCGAUUAGUGAAGGUUUUACAAGAUCUGGAUCCCCCAAUCAGCAUUGAUGGCCGUGCUGUGGAAGUAAACCUAGCCACAGGAAAGAGGAGAAAUGAAUAUGGAGACGAGGGUGACAUUCCCCGUUAUGGUCAGGGCAAAAGGGGCAUGAGGGACAGGAGGGGUGCUGAAUCACAGAAACGGAGAUCAGAAUCUUCUUCUGAUAUGUCCACAUUCAUUUAUGAUCCAGAAACUGGAAACUAUUUUGACCCCGUAUCUGGGGUAUACUAUGACACCAAUACUCAGAGAGAAGUACCAAUGGGUCGAGAAGCAUCUUCACCUCCACCACCAUCAAGUGGAAGGAGGCGUAAGAGCCAGGAAAGGACAAAUGAAAGAGACGAGGCAUCUAGUAGAGACAACAGAGAGAGGAAAGAGAGACACAGAAACAAAUCUGCCAAGAAUGAACCCCUACAGGAGAAGUUUCCUAUAGAAGAUGUCUUUAAAAAGCCACUACCUCCAACACUGAAAAAAGAAGAGAGUGUACCCCCACCAAAAGUGGUGAAUCCACUAAUAGGACUCUUAGGGGAGUAUGGGGGAGACAGUGAUAAUGAGGAGGAAGAGGAGGAAGAACCACAACCCCAGCCCCCACGGCCACCAGUGCAACACGAAGACUUGCCUCAGAAAGCUGAAAAUGAUGAGGACAAGCUGACUGACUGGAAUAAGUUAGCGUGUUUACUUUGCAGGAGGCAGUUUCCAAAUAAGGAAGUAUUAAUCAAACAUCAACAACUUUCCAACCUGCACAAACAAAAUUUGGAGAUCCAUCGGAAAAUAAAACGAUCAGAGCAAGAAUUGGCAUAUUUGGAAAGGAGAGAGCGUGAGGGGAGGUUUAAAGAAAAGGGAAGUGACCGAAAAGAGAGAUUUGAGGAAAGGGACUCCCCAGAGAGAAAACGGCCGAAGUUCUUCAGAGAUUCUGAAAGUGACUAUAAGCCCACAAACAGAGGAAGAAUGGAGAGCAACAACAAAGGGAGCCGUAUGAUGCAGGCUAUGGGCUGGAAGGAAGGUUCAGGUCUGGGGCGCAAUGAACAGGGCAUGACGUCGCCCGUGGAGGCAGAAAGUCGGAAGAAGGGAGCUGGUUUAGGGACCCAAGGGAGGCCCAGCAGAAGGCAAUCUAAUGAAACAUACCGAGAUGCUGUGCGGAGAGUCAUGUUUGCCCGUUAUAAGGAACUUGAAUAAAUAUGGAAAGGAAUCCCAAUACAUUCAACACAUCCUGUACCCUGCUGUCCUUUGUGUCUGUCUUUUGUUUUUUGAAUCAAUGUUUUUUUUGCUGCUGAUGUGUUUUUUGUUUUGUUUUUGGAAUAAAACAUAAAAGUCAA